CUCAGCCCAGGUCUCUCGAUCCAACCCAGGCUCCAUUCCCGUUACAUAACACCACCUAGAAAGUGCCAAGACUUCUGAACUCUCCAACUUUGCCACAGUUCCAGUGAGCAAGUCCAAAAUACACACACACAACCCAAGCUAUGUCCAGCAGCGAAAGAUAAGACAGUGCCAGUGGUGUACAGAUAUACAGGGUACUGGGAGCAACUCUGCUUAUCAGCAAACAUGUCGACACAGAGUGUUCCUUUUUCUCCUCGUCAGAACAUAACUCUCAAAGCUCUGAUCCGGUCCAAGCCAUCUCAGCUGACCAACCCAUCGGCUGCUUUGUAAUUCUGUCUCUGCUCUGGCCGCUUAUUAGCCGUGGGCUUCGAGUGAAAUAAGUUUUGGACUUCCCUCUCCUCGCCCGCCAAUGGCAAUGGCAUAUCCCCUCAUCCCUGAAGCCAUGAGGAUGUCCUAAAGCCAGGGGUGCAGACCACAUACUCCGUGCUCACCAAGAGCUUUAUAAAUGGACUCUGACAUGGACUACGAAAGACCCAACGUUGAAACCAUCAAGUGUGUGGUUGUGGGCGACAACGCCGUGGGAAAGACUCGCCUGAUUUGUGCCCGGGCGUGCAAUACCACCCUGACGCAGUACCAGCUGCUGGCCACCCAUGUGCCCACCGUGUGGGCCAUUGACCAGUACCGCGUCUGCCAAGAGGUCCUGGAGCGGUCCAGGGAUGUUGUUGAUGAAGUGAGCAUCUCCCUCAGGCUUUGGGACACUUUUGGAGAUCACCAUAAAGACAGGCGUUUCGCAUACGGCAGGUCCGAUGUUGUGGUUCUCUGCUUUAGCAUCGCGAAUCCCAACUCCCUAAAUCAUGUGAAAACCAUGUGGUAUCAAGAGAUCAAGCACUUUUGCCCUCGAACGCCUGUCGUGCUGGUUGGCUGCCAGCUAGACCUCCGCUAUGCCGACCUGGAGGCUGUUAACCGGGCCAGGCGCCCCUUAGCAAGGCCCAUAAAGAGAGGUGAUAUUUUGCCCCCAGAAAAAGGCCGCGAGGUGGCGAAGGAACUUGGCAUCCCGUACUAUGAGACCAGCGUGUUUGACCAGUUUGGCAUCAAGGACGUGUUCGACAAUGCCAUCCGUGCAGCCCUCAUCUCCCGCCGGCACCUGCAGUUCUGGAAAUCCCACUUGAAAAAAGUCCAGAAGCCUCUGCUUCAGGCGCCCUUCCUACCUCCGAAAGCUCCUCCCCCGGUCAUCAAAGUCCCCGAGUGUCCGUCCACCGGGACGAGCGACGCAGCCUGUUUACUGGACAAUCCCCUAUGCGCCGACGUCCUCUUUAUUCUCCACGACCAGGAGCACAUCUUUGCGCACCGCAUUUACCUCGCUACCUCUUCUUCCAAAUUCUACGACCUUUUUUUAAUGGAGUGUGAAGAUUCCCCGGGUUGGAGUGGAGGAGCUGGUGAGGAGGUGCCAUGCAGGGAUUUUCAGAGGCGGACGCAGAGUCUCGGAGCAGCCGAGGAAGGGAAGGAGGGCUCCCAGAGGACCCCUCAGGCUGACCCAGGAGCAUCUUCAGGCCAGGACCUGCUGGAGAGUCUGGCUUCGCAGACUGAUGCCUGGGUUUCCGAGGCGCACGCCCUAACCGGCUGGAGCAAGGGGUUUGUCAGCAUGCACAGGGAGGUGCGGGUCAACCCCAUUUCCAAGCGGGUGGGCCCAGUGACCGUGGUCAGGCUGGACUCUUCGAUGCAGUCAGGCCCUUUCCGGACCCUACUGAGAUUCCUCUACUCUGGGCAGCUGGACGAAAAGGAGAAAGAUCUCCUGGGGCUAGCUCAGAUGGCCGAGGUCUUGGAGAUGUUUGAUCUGAGGAUGAUGGUGGAGAAUAUCAUGAACAAGGAAGCCUUUAUGAACCAGGAGAUCACGAAAGCCUUCCACGUCAGGAAAGCCAAUCGGAUCAAAGAAUGUCUCAGUAAGGGCACCUUCUCAGAUGUGACAUUCACCUUGGAUGACGGAGCCAUCAGUGCCCACAAGCCGCUGCUGAUCUGUAGUUGCGAGUGGAUGGCCGCCAUGUUCGGGGGCUCCUUUGUGGAAAGCACCAACAGUGAGGUUCACCUUCCAAACAUAAACAAGAUGUCCAUGCAGGCCGUGUUGGAAUACCUCUACACCAAGCAGUUGUCGCCCAACUUGGACCUGGACCCUCUGGAGCUAAUCGCCUUGGCUAACAGAUUUUGCCUGACACACUUGGUUGCACUCGUAGAACAGCAUGCUGUCCAGGAGCUCACUAAAGCCGCUGUGAGUGGUAUGAGCAUUGAUGGUGAAGUACUCUCCUACUUGGAGUUGGCGCAGUUUCACAAUGCCAACCAGCUAGCCGCCUGGUGUUUACAUCACAUCUGCACCAACUACAACAGCGUCUGUUCCAAGUUCCGCAAGGAAAUCAAAUCCAAGUCAGCAGACAACCAGGAGUACUUUGAACGCCACCGCUGGCCCCCUGUGUGGUACCUGAAGGAGGAAGACCACUACCAGCGUGUGAAGAGGGAACGAGAGAAAGAGGACCUGGCGCUGAACAAGCACCAUUCGAGGAGAAAGUGGUGUUUCUGGCAUCCGUCCCCAGCCGUGGCCUGAGGAGGAGAGAGAGGGGACCGUCAUCCGCUGAGGCCACCUCCACCGUUGACAGCUCUACUGUUAAAAAACCAGCCUCCUUAGCCGUCCGCGCAGUUAGGGUUUGAGGCACUGGCUUUUCCACUCGUGUGCAUUUAUCUCCACCAGGAUCAAAGAGAAAGCUUUGAUGCCAUCAACAGGGCAUAAAAGGAAAACUGACUGACUUUCCUCUGAACCCUUCAGACCCAUAAUGUCCUCCCUUUUCUUUCUUUCUUUUUUUUUUUUUUUUUUCCUUGUUAGGAAGCUUUAAUACACUUUAGUCCGUUAUUUUGUUCCUUUUUAUACAAAGACAAAACAAAGCCCAGCUUUCCUGUCUCCAGAUUCCAGAUUGGAGAAUAUUUUUAUAAGGACUCUUGUCUGUCGCUGAAGUGACAAUACUGUGUAUUCCUCUCUUUUACAGGCCACCCAUUGACCAUGAAGUUGCUCCCCACCCCCACCAUGAGUCUCUCGGCCCAUGUGCCCGCCGAGCGUUACUCAUAAUUACAGAGUUGUCCUUUUGUUUCGAGGUAAAGGGGUGGGGCUGAAAUCACCCAAACUAUAAGCUAGAAGCGCCUAAUCUUUGCUCUGAUGAGCCACUGGUAUAAGUUCCUAUUCACAUGAUUUCCUCUGUAAGUGCUUGUAAUUAUAAGGUUAUCUGUGCCAUAUAAACUAUGGUGAGGGCAGAUAUCCUACCGUUUAAAAUGUCUAGAUUUUAAGAGGCUAAGCCUUAUAAUCACUAGAAGGGCUUAUUCAACCCCAGUCCUGUCGGGGGCAAGGCUGACUGCCGGGCCUGCGUACCUACAACAAUGGCCAGCCAAGUCCUACCGUUGGAUAACCGUGUCAGAGUCGGUGGCUUUCGGUGGUCUCUGAUUUCGCUGUGCUCCCACCAGCAAACCCUCCUGGGGCCUGAAGAGAGAUAAGGGAAGGGGAAAAGACCCAUCCCACUGGCUACAGGUCAGUCACCUCGGCCUCACGGCCUCACACCUACGGCCAACUUCACUUUGUAAGACAAGUAUUUGUUUUUUGUUUUUUGUUUUUUUAAUUUUAACUCUUCCCAGGGAAAAUUCAGGUCACCACUGAAGUAGGCCAAGGCAGGGCACCUGCUUCUUAGAGAGGUCUCACCAGGGAGCCUGUGAAAGCCCAAAGCCGGGAGCUGAGUCCUGCCUUCUCCAGCAGGGAAAGGAGCCAAUUACUAAGAGCAUAGGGAAUGGUGCUAUUCCGAGGUAGUUCUGACCCCGUGCCCCUUGGGAAGGUCAGUGUUAGAACAGAACUUGCAAAGCAGGGGAGGUCUCAAGAGGCAUCAAUAUCAUUGCCUCUCUGCAGAUUAAAAUGUUACAGUAUACACACUUGCACACACACACACACACACACACACAACCAUCAGAGAGUCACAACUUCACACCUGCCACAGGAUGUCGUGUGCUAGACACUGGGGCCCAUCCUGUUGGGAGGUCACCUUACUGAUGCUAAGGGCUAUUGAUUUUUUUGUUUGUUUGCUUUUGGGUUUUGGGUUUAUUUUGGGGUUUUUUGUUUUUUUGUUUUUCUCUGAAGAUGGGAAAGAGACAGUUGAGUCCAAACUCCAAAUGCCAUAUGGAUUUGGAAAUCUGUGUAGACCACAGGCAGGUCUUUGUUUCUGGCAUGGCCACAUUCCAGAUACAAGAACAUAGAGAGACCCAGCAAGGCACCACACCCUCUCAUGGCAGAGAGGGAGCAGCGGGGCAGGGUGAGGGUCAGCUAAUAAAGCCUCCCCUCCCCCACUUAACUUCGUUCAUAGGGCAAAUGGCAGACCGAAGGAGAAGGUGGGUAGGUUGAGAGGGUACGCGUCAAGACUUGAGGAGAGGUAGCAGAUAGCCGUCUUGAGGCUCUGUUUUCAAUGAGUAGUCCUAGUCGACCUUAACCAAAGCUCCAUCUGAUUGUAUUCUUGCCAAAACACAACAGACACAUGCACGAACAUGGGGCGUAAGCAAUAAUGUCCUCUCGUGUUCUCCACGGCUGCUCGAACCAAGUGGCUGGUUCAUUUGGUUGACACUGAUUCGCCUUUAACCACGACGGUUCCUGUUUUUUAUUUCACAGAAAGCCAAUAAAAUUGUUUAGCU